GGGUAGUCCAGUAUCGUGUACCUGUGUACCAAAUGCCCCGCGAUAUUAUUACACUGCAACUUGGACAAUGCGGAAAUCAGAUUGGUAUGGAAUUCUGGAGACAGCUUUGCACAGAGCACGGUAUAAGUCCUGAAGGUCUGUUAGAAGACUAUGCUACUGAUGGUUCCGACAGGAAGGAUGUGUUUUUCUAUCAGGCAGAUGAUGCUCAUUACAUACCGCGUGCCGUGUUACUGGAUUUGGAGCCACGCGUGCUAAACACGAUACUGAGCUCACCAUACGCCCGUUUGUACAACCGUGAGAAUGUGUACCUUUCCAAAGAUGGUGGAGGCGCCGGGAAUAUCUGGGCAUCAGGCUUCUCUCAAGGAGAAAAGUUAGAGGAAGAAAUAUUCGACAUCAUUGAACGGGAAGCAGAAGGUAGCGACAGUUUAGAGGGCUUCGUGAUGACGCACUCAAUCGCUGGUGGAACUGGGUCUGGAAUGGGAUCGUAUAUUUUGGAACGUCUCAACUCGCGGUUUCCGAAGAAGCUAAUACAAACCUACUCCGUGUUCCCGAACGCUGAAGACACAAGCGAUGUUGUUGUUCAGCCUUAUAACAGCUUGCUUACGCUCAAACGUUUGACACUAAACGCAGAUUGUGUGGUCGUUCUUGAUAACACAGCGCUCCAUCGGAUCGCAGCUGAACGUUUGCAUAUCGAAACACCCUCGCUUGCUCAAAUCAACCAACUUGUGAUGUCAGCAAGCACAGCGACUCUUCGAUACCCGAGCUACAUGAAUAAUGACCUGAUCGGACUGAUUGCUCCUUUGACUCCAACUCCCCGCUUGCACUUUCUCAUGACUGGGUACACACCGCUGACCACAGAUAGCGAAGUAUCCACCGUCCGUCGGACCACCGUGUUUGAUGUGAUGCGACGGUUGCUGCAACCGAAAAACAUGAUGGUUUCCACCCAGGUGCAGCGUGGUGUGAAUCACUGCUAUGCAGCCAUACUGAACAUAAUUCAGGGUGAAGUAGAUCCAUCUGAGGUUCACAAAUCUCUGCAACGUAUCCGCGAGCGCCGUUUGGCCCAGUUCAUUCCUUGGGGCCCUGCAAGCAUUCAGGUAACCUUGUCACGCCGUUCUCCAUAUGUGCAAACACAGCACCGCGUAAACGGGUUGAUGCUGGCAAAUCACACGAGCAUAUCCACACUCUUUUUGCGUUGUCUGGCUCAGUAUGAUCGUCUCCGUACUCGUGGCGCAUUUUUGGAACAAUUUCGCAAAGAGGACAUCUUUCGUGAUGAUCCGGACUUGAAAGAGUUCGCGGAUAGUCGACAAGUUGUGCAUACUUUGAUUGAGGAACACACUGCAGCCACUCGAUCCGAUUACAUCCACUGGGGAGCACAACGAGCUGUUGCCGCUGCGGCAACACAGGCAGCUGCAGCCGCGGCAUCAAUGAGUACGGCGCAAGCUUAACUUCGUGCCAACCAGCUGCUCACACUGCUCAACAUUUUACGCGAUUUUUUCUUACCCUCCGUCCUUAUAGAAUGUCAUUCAGAAGGGUAAUCUCGGUUACCCGGCUGCGCAUAUCAUUUUUAUUACUGCUGUUUUUUUUGUUCGAAACGUUUGGCAACUAUAUUACACGAUUUUCG